GGGGAAUUUUAAUAGGAAGAAAUUUUUUGAACAAAUUUAAUUAUAUUGUUCUUAUAGAGCAUGAGAAAAGGUACAAAUAUCAUGAAAAGAUUAAUUGAAGUUCUGUAAAUAAAAAGAACUUGUGUACAAGGUUUGAAAAAAAAAAAACGAUACAAAACGAAAGUAACAAGAGGAAGAAUAAUUCGAGUAGAAAGAAAGAUAAACUGCAGCACGCGUUUUUUUUUCUUUGUAAGAGCUAAAAGAUUUGUGAAAUUCUUAGAAAAAGAAAAGUAUAGAGACGUUUCUGCAUUAUCAACUUCUCUUUAUAACGCUAUGACCCAACAUGCUGCAGUGGCUGCUUUGGCUGAAGAAUUAGCCAAAGCAGUCGAAUUAAUAAUGCACCCUCAAACGGCUCAGCAGGCACGAAUGGAAGCUUACAUGGCUUGUGAACGUUUUAAGGAGGAAUCGCCGUUAUGUGCACAUGUUGGUUUAUUUUUGGCCAGUGGUGGGCAAUUCGGGCAAAAUGUUAAACAUUUUGGUUUGCAACUCAUGGAAUAUACUAUCAAAUUUAAAUGGAAUUGUAUAUCCCACGAAGAAAAAUUAUUUAUUAAAGAAAAUGCGAUGAAAUUGCUGCUUUUAGGGGUGGGACCUGCCGAAGAUAAAAAUUUAUCACAUUUAAAGGAUGCCUUAUCCCGCAUAAUAGUAGAAAUGAUUAAAAGGGAGUGGCCUCAACAGUGGACCACGCUGUUAUCUGAAUUAUCAGAUGCUUGCACUAAAGGAGAGGCUCAGACUGAAUUAGUAUUGUUGGUAUUCCUGCGUUUGGUUGAAGAUGUAGCUCUGUUGCAAACAAUUGAAUCUAAUCAACGGCGCAAGGAUAUGUAUCAAGCUUUAACCAAUAAUAUGAACGACAUUUUCGAGUUUUUCCUGCGUCUGAUAGAGUUGCAUGUGACCUCAUUCCGCGAGUCCACAGCUCGCUGUAACUUUCAAAAUGCCAGCGCACACAGCCGUGUGGUAGAGGUAGUGUUACUUACGUUGACUGGUUUUGCAGAAUGGGUUUCCAUUAAUCAUAUUACCUGCAGCAAUGGUAAACUAUUGCAGAUUUUAUGCAUUUUAUUGAAUGACAAAGCAUUCCAGUCCAAUGCAGCCGAGUGCCUAUCGCAGAUCACAAACCGCAAGGGUCAAGUGAAGGAACGCAAACCUUUGCUGUUGCUCUAUGGCGAAGAACCUAUGCGCUAUAUAUACAGUGCCAGCCAAACGAUGCCUGUCGACGCAACAUCAGCUGCUUUAGAACAAAAUCAUAAUUUUCUUAAAAAGUUGGUGCAAGUUUUAAGUGGCAUGGCUCAACAAUUGGUCUUGCUAUGGGGAAAAGAGGAUGGUGCUUUACAAAGACCACCACAAUUUGAGGUGUUUCUAGAAUGUUUAUUAUCAUUAACACGUCAUGGAUCGUUGAAUAUUGCCCAUGGGGCUACAUUAAUUUGGAACGUUUUAUUAAAACAUGAAUCAAUUUCUAAAGAUCCUGCAGUUGUUGCUUACAUACCCAAAAUAAUUGAAGUUGUCGCUCCACGUAUAAUCAAAACUUCUUACCCGUCUACCAGAUCAUUCGCAGAUAGUGGCAGUGAAGCUUCAGCAAAGACGACCACUUAUGUGUGCUUAGAAUAUGAUUGCGAAGAGGAUUUUGCGGUAUUCUUUUAUCGCUGCCGUACUGAUUUUUUGGAAAUAUUUCGCCAAUCCACACUUGUGCAGCCAUUGGUUACAUUCGGCUACUGUGAGCAAUGGCUUAAUGUGCGUUUAGCCAAAGCCCAUACCGAGCGUGGUAACGUUCAAUGCAGUGUCUUAGAUCCUACUUAUCUGGAAUGGGAAGCUUUAGUUUCAGUUAUUGACGGGGUGCUCAGCCGUAUUCUUUUAGUUUCGGAAAGACCUUCAGUACAGUCAGGUCUACAUUUGUUAGAAGAAUGCUUAAAACUGAAUACAGAUAAUCCGUUAAUACUCUCUAUACUAUUGUCUUGCAUUUCGGCAUUGUUUGUGUUCUUAAGUAUGUCGUCAUGUCAGAUAACAUCCAACAAUUGCGUGGCCAUGACCGGUGUGUCCUUGUUGCCUCGGGUGUUAGAGAAAAUUUUUGCCGCCUUAGUGUUUCGCGAUCCUAAUGAAUCGGCGUCUUUACAUCACAGCUACAGCACACGUUCUCAAGCCUGUAAAAACUUGCGACGUCAUGCAGCUUCUUUGAUAGUAAAAUUGGGUCAUAAAUAUCCUUUACUGCUUUUGCCGGUUUUUGAGCAAAUCAAUACGCACAUUAAGACAAUAUGUCAACAGCCACAACAUCCUAUAAGUAAUACCGAACGCGUUACUUUGCAAGAGGCCUUGCUCUUGAUUUCUAAUCAUUUUUGCGAUUAUGAGCGUCAAUCUACUUUCGUUGGUGAGGUUCUGCGUGAUAGUAUCCCGCAAUGGGACGCUUUUUCACAGGCUUUCAAAUCUGCCUUGGACUUUAUGCAUUUCGUCGGCUUGGAUCAACCACCAGUGUAUCCAAUUGAGAAUGAUCCUUGCCGGUCCCACCGUAGUUCUCUGUUACAUGCUUUGCAUGUGGUAUUGGGUGUCAUCAAGCGGUGCACUUGGCCAGAUGAUCCAGAUAGAGCAUCGCGCGGUGGUUUCGUGGUUGGACACACAGAAAUUGGUAAUCCAAUAUGCCGCAAUCCCGCUACACCACAUGUUAUACCCUUGUUGAGACAUAUUUUGGCUUUACUGCGCGUUUUAAACGAACUUUUUAAGCCAGAAGCUUUGGCUGCCUUGACUCAAGCUUAUCGUAAUAUUCAUUCCAUGCCGGAACAUGAGAAAAAAGUACUUAUGGGAGUCUUUGCUGUGCCCACAGAUCCUUUGGAUCCUACCAUUAAGAAGCCACCCACACCUUUCGAUAAAAUGCAACAAUUCAUGGUCUCUUUGUAUGAAGGAUGCUAUCAUAUGAUGGGUUCGGCAGGUCCAUCUCUGGGUCGACACCUUUACCAAUUAGACGGAGUGGCAAAUGCUUUAAUUAAUAGUGCUUUUUCCUGUCUAGAAGACGUGCCCGAUUAUCGUCUUAGGCCCAUUAUACGUGUUUUCUUUAAACCGUUUGUUUAUUCCUGCCCACCAGCUUUUUACGAUGUGGUACUCUUACCCAUUUUUGCACACAUUUCUCCUUUGUUGUUUAAUCGUUUAACAGCACGCUGGGUUUACAUAACUUCCCUCUAUGAAUCGGGUCAACUUGGCAAUGAGGAACAAACUAAUGAUACACAAGAAGUGUUGGAAGAUAUGCUAAAUCGUUCUUUGACCCGCGAAUACUUGGAUGUGCUAAAGAUUGCUUUGGUAGGUGGACAAAUAGGCGCAGAAACAAUAGCAAUAACCCAUUCCAAUACCACUGGCAAUAUGGUAUCCGAUGUAACAAUGGAACCAGACGAACACUCAAUGGAUGGUGUUAUCCAUAGCCGAGCAGCGCAAGCGGCUUUACUAUCUGACAUUAUCAGUGACUUAGGAGCUAAAUUAUUGCGCAAUUCUUAUACCAGCAAUUACAUACUCAUGACUUUGCUUAGUGCUUUGUCUUGGAAUGAUGGUACUUGUAACUUGAAAGCUGUAAAUGUAGCGGCACCCGUUAUGCGUUUUCUAGCCGCUGAACAACUAAUGGAUGCUAACAAAGCUGUUAGCGCGUUUACCGCCGUGUUAAGAGGACUUCAAGUGCACGGCCAGCAUGAGGCUAAUCAGGCGGGUCUUAUAACUUUAGGAGUACAAUUCUACGAAUUGUUAAGACCUAAAUUUCCUGCCUUGGCAGAAGUUUUACAAAGUGUACCAAAUGUAAGCAGCAGCGACAUUCAGAAAUUUGACGAAAAGAUCGCUGUAGCACCGGUCAAAGGCAAUAAAGUGGAUAAAGCUAAAAAGGAUUUAUUUAGAAAGCUCACUGCUCCUCUGGUCGGGCGUUCUGUGAAUCAGUUGUUUCGUCAUGAAAUAAAAAUUGCCAACUUACCGCCUAUGCCAUCGGCGAAAAUGAAAAACCCAGCAACCGACUUAUUCGAUACCACUAUAAAUAGUGGACUAACACAGCUGUUUCAAGCAAAUAAGUGACCAACAUGAGCAGGAAUAAUUUAAUACAAACACUUGGCGAUAUCAAAUUAAACAGCUAAGGAUUAUUCUAACAGCAGCACAACACAAUUUAAAUAUGUGUUUGUGAACUACACGGACAAUGAGAUGACCCGGCGACUAAUAUAUAAAAUAUGUAAAAUAUAUAUACACGAGAUCAAAAGUGUAAUUUACGUUGCAGUUGAAGAAAACUGAAAUCAUUUUCUAAUGAUUUCAUAUAUCUUCCUGUUCCUGCUUUGAAUGUCAUUCAUUCUUCCCCAUAUUUCAAUCAAUUUGGUUUCAAAGGUAAUAACGAAUUAUUUUAUUUAUUGCAUUUUUCUUUUUUUUCUAAAUUUUAUUCUCGUUUCUAUUUGCUCGAGAUACGUUCCUUUGGCGUGUAAAUUGAUUGUAUGUAUGUAAUAGCAAGUAGCGGUACGUCUUUAUUAUAGUACCUUUUUGAUCUAUCUAUAUUUACAUUUUUUUUUAUGCAUAAGUUUGAUUACUGGAAUGAAUCGAAUUUUUGAAGUUUAAAAAAAAAAAAAAAAAAAAAAAAAAAAAAAAAU